AGUCAAAUCUGUCCUUUUGCCAUCAUAGAAGACGCAGAACUCGACAAAAUCUCUUGGCCUUGCUGAAAAUGGCAAUUACAGACUUCCUUGCUGCUUCUGAUAUUUCUUCUGCCAUCAAUGCUUGCAAAGCAAAAGAUUCUUUUAGUCCAAAGACAUUUUUUGCAACUGUGGGUUUAUCCAAGCGGUCUCUAUCAGAGAUUGAGAAGGUUUUCAAAAUGCUGGACCAAGACAAGAGUGGUUUCAUUGAGCAAGAUGAGUUACAAUUGUUCCUGCAGAAUUUCUCGAAGGGGGCACGAGCUUUAACAGCAGCUGAAACAAAGGCUUUUCUCGUGGCUGGAGAUAUGGACGGAGACGGAAAGAUUGGCUGGGAAGAAUUCUCUGCUCUCGUCAAUGCUUCCUGAGGCCAGAUCUGCCACACAGUGCUGGAGGAAAGAAAAAAGCUGCUUACUGUUACCACUGAUUUACUAUGAACUCAGUAAUAAAUCUUACGUAUCGAUUCAGUAAUAAAUCUACAGAGACAAUCAAUAAAUGAAUGAUUCAGUUCUUUGUAAAAAAGAGACCUAAAUAUAAUACACAACAAUUAUUUAGCGUGUCCAACUUUUGCAUUUAUUAAAGCUUCGUGCCUUUUUCAAAGAAAUGUGAAGGAAAUUUUUUCCACACUUCCAGUUUAGUCUUUGAAGUUGGCUGCAUUUUCUGUUUCUCAUGAUCCAAUAACAAAUUUAGACUCAUCAGUCUGUAAAACCUUAAUCCACAUCUCAGUCCAGUUUUGGUGUUCUUGUGCAUAUUUUUCAGUUUUCUUUUAUUUUCUCAGCAAUGGCUUCUUGACAGCUACACAUCCUUUGAGACCCAUAGCACUGAGUUGUCUUCUCAUAGUGAAUUCAUACCUGUGGAUUUUUAUUUAUUUUUUCAGAUUUGAAUAAGAGUGGAGCUUGAUCUUCUCCUCUCUCUCAAAAACAUUAAUACUGUUUACUGUUUUGAUGGAUAGUGGCUCCAGUUUCUCCAUGUCUUUAAAUAAUUUUCUAAACGUGCUUUCACUUAUUUUCCUUUGACUUUCCCCUUCCUUCUGCAUUAUAUCUAAUCUCCUCACAAAAAUUUCCUUCAGCAAAAAUUAAGCUGAGGUGCGUUUGGAUAGUUGCUUUUGUGAAUAUUAGUGUCUCUUUGAAGGGGAACACAAUGUCAUUGCCUCUUUUGGAAACAGCUUUUGUUGGGAGUUAAAGUGUCGGUAGGUUUGCAUAAAAGUAAGAGUGGACAAACUGAAUAUUACACAUCUGAUAUUAUUUGUAGUAUUGGAGGCUUUCAUGUGAUUUUCUGUUAAGUAGAGAAGAGUUUCAUUCCAAAAUGCUGUGUAACACUUGGGAUGUAUUACAGCUGAUUUAUAAUGGAAAAAACCCCACAUUUUUAAUUCUCUAAUAAAGAUGGUAUAAAUCAUCGUAUAGCACUGUUUUUCUUCUAUGUGGAAAAAGUCUAUCAUGUGUUUGGAAAGAAACCCUUCAAAUGUUUCCUGUUUUUCUACUUUUUGAAUAACUCAGUAACUAAAUGGCCAUUUUGACUGGAAGCCGAAUAAAUGGAAGGGUGGUCUCUUACUUUCACCAUUGUGUGUUACCUGAUUGUACCAUUUCUCGCACACUUACCCUGGAAUUUACCCUGGAGUUACUGUUGUAUUUGAUUUAAAGAAAUCAAUAAAAGAAAUAA